UGCAUCCAGCCCCUUGUCGAUUCGUGUGGCGGCCCCUUGCCAUGCGGCCCUUGUGUCUGUCCCUGCUGCCCGCCCCCCCAUCCUUGCUGCUCACCCUGUCUCGCGGCUCGCAUGGGGCCGGCUGACUCCUCUUGACCCGCUGACGCUCCGCUGCCCGGCCAGCCCAUCCGCCUCGCCAUGUCAGCCGUGGUCUCUGCCCCUGAGGGCAUCCCAUCCGUCACCAUCACUAACACCACCACCACCGCCAACACCACCACCAACACCAACACCGUUGCCGUCGCCGUCCCGCAGCGAUCCAGCGUCCCCGGCUGCUCUGUUUGGGUGUCGCGGCACCCGUCGACUUGCGAGCGUCUGGGGAUACCGCAUCGGUCCAUCAAAUCCGUCCUCGACGUUCGCUCCGUUGUCGAGGUCAUUGUCGACGUCGAGGUCAACUUUGCGCCUCAGUACUGCGCCUUUCUCAAUGGCGACGAAGACAGCGACAUCGAAGACGGCGGCGACAGUCACAUCCAACUGCAUCUCGACCCCAUGAGCGACGAUGACCAUCUCGGCAGCCAUCUCGGCAGCCAUCUCGGCAGCCAUCUCGGCAGCCAUCUCGGCAGCCAUCUCGGCAGCCAUCUCGGCAGCCAUCUCGGCAGCCAUCUCGGCAGCCAUCUCGGCGACCACCACAGCGACGACGACGUCGACGACAGUGAUCGAUACAGCUACGUCAGCGAGCGCUACCACUGCAUGUACUCUGUCGACAAUGCUCCUGUCGCUACCCAAAGCACAGACUGCCAUCCGUCUAUGGAUCGCCGCGAGCAGAGCUCGCUCUCGCCGCCGCCGAGAUCCGCGGCCAGCUUCUUCCGGUACUCGGACUCGUUCGUCUCCGAGAUCCCCCGGUACGAACAAGCGAUGCUGCAGACCCUCGAGAUGGCCGCCGCUGUCGCCGCCAGCAACGGUGCCCCUGCCCACCCCAGUGCACUCAAGAACGAAGUCCAUCUUGCUCGCCAAGGCACCCGCCACAGCCGGCAUCACAGCAUGAUCGACCAGCAAAGGACCAUAUCCUUCUGGGACAACAGCAUCGACAGCAACCCGCAUGCCAGCAGCGACAUCGCCAACAUUGCCGCCGACGUCGUCGCUGUGCCUGCAGGCUCAAGUAAGCGCACUUUCCAGCUGAUGCGAGCCCGCCACGUCUCCAAGGACAAGCGUCAGCAUCGGCUCGGUCAGAAGCAGGCCUCCGACUCGGGUCUGUACAUCCGCCCGGCCCGGCCAAAGCCCAUACUGGCGCCCCUGAGCACUCCGGCACCGCCGCUCAAAGCCUGGCUGGCCAAGUCGCCGAUCCUCUCGAAACUCUUUUCGAAACCGUAGAGAACACCCGCCAUUCCCCCCGUCGCCGCCGCCGUCGUCGUCGGCGAUGGAAAUUUUUUGGGACAAACUCUAUUUAAUCGCAUUGAAGUGCAUCAAUCUGCACCAAAGUCACAUCGAAGCG